CUACUUUCAACUUUCAUCGUCCGUUUUUGUUUUUAUUUCCAUACUGUACUGAUGAACAUGGUGUAAAAGCAAAGUUUCGAUCGCGAUUCCCAAUCGAUAGUUCCUUUUUAGUGAAUGGCAGAAUAUCAGUGGCCUUGGGAAUACAACUUCCCUCCAUUUUUCACAGUUCAACCGCAUGCCAAAACGAAAACACAGCAGCUGGCUACAUGGAAAUCCCUAAUAUUGGAUUACCAAAAGCACUGCCGACAAGCGGUGCUGAACAUUAACGAGGACAGUCCGCUGUUCGUAAAUGAGACUAUUUCCCGGAAACUACCUCUCGAUGGGAGGCUAUGGCUUAUGGAGGAACUGGCAAAGACCGGUAAUGCUGCACCGCUGGACAAACAACGCAAGCUGCAGUGGGAAAUCUACUGGCACACACUGGACGAAUGGAGUGCGCUAAUAUAUGACUGGGCCGUGGCCAAUGGUAUGACGAACGCCGUGUGUACCAUCUAUGAAUUAGUCGCAGGGGAGAAUACAGUUGGCGAAGAGUUUUACGGGUUGAAUCAAGAUGUUUUCAAGAAAGCUUUGCAGAUACUAGAAACUAAAGGUAAAUGUGAAUUGAUUUCGUUUGAUGAUAACGAAGGUGUGAAGUUUUUUUAGGAUGCGAUAAUUGAAUUGUAAAUACAUAAUUUGCCAUUAA